GUCGGCUCGCUCAGUUGGGAGGGCCCCAUGCUACUGAGCGGAGCUCCUCCUACGGGCUCCGGCCCCGGGUCGCGGGCGCAGGGCAGCGCGGGGGGCGGCCCCGGGGGAUCCCGCCGCGGGGCUGGGGGUGCGGGGACCGCCCCGGGAGGGGGCGGCAGCGGCGGAGUGGCUAAGUGGCUGCGGGAGCAUCUGGGCUUUCGCGGGGGCGGCGGCGGAGGGGGCACCAAACCCGCCCCCCCAGAGCCCGACUACCGCCCCCCAGCGCCCUGUCCGGCCGCGCCCCCUGCGCCGCCCCCGGACAUCCUAGCCGCCUACCGGCUGCAGCGAGACCGCGACUUCGAGGACCCCUACUCUGGGGGCUCGUCUGUGUCCGCCGCCCUUUCCACCCCUACGGUCCCUGGCCCCACACCGCCCCCGCGCCACGGCUCACCCCCGCACCGCCUCAUUCGGGUCGAGACCCCGGGGCCCCCAGCGCCGCCUCCGGACUCCGGACCCCCUGCCAGCAGCGACCGGCUGGCAAUCCUAGAGGACUAUGCGGACCCAUUCGAUGUUCAGGAGACUGGUGAAGGCUCAGGAGGAACUUCAGGAGCUGCAGAGAAGGUCCCUGAAAAUGAUGGCUACAUGGAGCCCUACGAGGCCCAAAAGAUGAUGGCUGAGAUCCGGGGAUCUAAGGAGACGGCAGUUCAACCCCUACCUCUCUAUGACACACCCUAUGAGCCAGAAGAUGAGGGGGCCAGCCUGGAAGGUGAGGGGGCUCCCUGGCCCAGGGAGUCCCGCCUGCCGGAGGAUGACGAGAGGCCUCCAGAAGAGUAUGACCAGCCCUGGGAGUGGAAGAAGGAACGGAUUUCCAAAGCCUUUGCGGUUGACAUAAAGGUCAUCAAAGACCUACCUUGGCCUCCACCUGUGGGACAGCUGGACAGCAGCCCCUCCCUGCCUGACGGGGACAGGGACAUCUCCGGUCCAGCUUCACCCCUCCCUGAGCCCAGCCUGGAGGACAGCAGCGCCCAGUUUGAAGGAUCGGAGAAGAAUUGCCUGUCACCUGGCCGGGAGGAGAAGGGGCGGCUACCUCCCAGGCUAUCUGCUGGGAACCCCAAGACAGCCAAGCCCCUAGGCGCGGAGCCCAGCAGCCCCCUGGGGGAGUGGACAGAUCCAGCACUGCCUCUGGAAAACCAGGUGAGCAGUCAGGGCUUCAUGCACAUGAAGCUGUCUCGGACCAAGGAACACAAGUAUGUGCUGGGCCAGAACAGCCCACCCUUCAGCAGCGUCCCUGAAAUCGUGCACCACUAUGCCAGCCGAAAGCUGCCCAUUAAGGGAGCGGAACACAUGUCCCUGCUCUACCCUGUGGCCAUCCGGACUCUGUAGAUGUGAGACCAGGGCAGUAUGAUAGACCUGGACCCAGCCCUUGUCACCUGCACGAGGGCUGCGGUUCUUGCUAAGGACAUGAUGUCAGAAACUUGGCUUCCCCUUGUCCUAGGAUCUAGUAGGCGCUGAAGAUUCCUUAAUUUAUUAUAAAGGGGAGGGAAUCAUGGGCCUUGGAAUAAAGGGGCUGUGUGGAGCUGGGAACAGAGGAAAGCCUGAGGAGGAAAGGAUCUUCCCGCCCCGGUCAGACACUAGGGAGGAAGUGGCGACCUCCCGCACGACCCACCCUCCGCCCCUUCCCUCUUCGGUCCCCCAGCCCCUGUCCCCAGAGUGCCCGCCCGGGCUCCCAGCCAGAAGCUCGGCCAGGCAGAACCGCGGCAGCCGGCGCCGCCCAGAGACUGACGGGAGGGGGCGGGGAGCGAGCCAGACUAUAAAUCGGCGCUGGAGCCGACGCCGGCCGCCUGCGAAAAGCACUUUCCGAGCAUCCACUCGCUUUCCUUUGACCAAACGUCUCCCCCCGCUGCAAACGCAGGGCGGGGGCUGCCCGGGCUGCGUCGCUCCUGCCAUUGCUCCCGAGCGAGCACAGCUUCCCGCCAGAAGCCGUUUGUCCGGGACGCGGGAGGCGCCGAGAGACAAAGAGGCAGCGCGCCUGGCUGACGACGAAGGCGGCGCUGCCACGCGGAAA